GCGGCAGUAAGAUAACAGGGGUGAGAAGGCGAGGUUAUAUCCUGUCUAUAGCUCAAGGAGCGAAUGCAUCCCAGCCCAGGGUGGAGAGACGCUACGGCGUUGUUUACAUAACAAAGACGCGUCGGGUGGGCCCAGUAACAGACAUUCACCCUGGAGUGAGUCGACAACAACAGCCACUCCCCUGUGUUAUGCUGUGAGUGAGCUUAAACAACACGAGGAAGCACUGAGGCAGAUGGCGCGAUGGCUGGUGGUGGGCAUCUCAGGGGUGACGGGUGGGGGCAAGUCUAGCCUAGCCAACCGUCUCCACCGUAACAUACCUUCCCACCACAUCACACAAGACAACUACUUUUACCCAAGGGACUCCUCUCACCAUAUUCCAGCACCUGGAUGUACCAAUUAUCACAACUGGGAUGUCAUAACGUGUAUAGAUAUGGAGAGAAUGAUGAAGGAUAUUAAAACUGUCAUAGGAUCCUCGCCAUUACAGUACAUGAAUUCUCCUCCGCCUCCUCUAGAUAUAAACAAACCACUAUCCUCUACAGCAGUACUUAUAGUAGAUGGGUUCUUACUCUUUACACAUAAAGAGCUGUGGGAAUUAUGUGACUUGAGGUAUUUCUUAACUCUACCUAAGGAAGUGUGUUGGGAGCGUCGUCAAUGCCGGCAGUACGACCCGCCAGAUCCGGCCGGGUAUUUUGACCUGUGUGUCUGGCCAGAGUACGAGCGCCACUUAGACUGUGUACAAAAGUUAGAUGGUAUAACAUUCUUAGAGGGUGUGAAGUCUCUAGAUCAUUCCUAUAAGCUUAUUUAUGAUGAGAUAAUUUUAACCAUUUGAAGUUGUAACGUAUUAUUAUUACUGAAGAUAUUUUGAAGUUUGAUGAUAUUGUAAAUCAUCUGAAAUGUUAAGUUUUAUUAGUAGGUUUGUGAGUGUAAACAGUUACCAAAGUAGAUCAUAUAUUGAGAGGAAAAAUAAUGCAAUUAAGUCGUAUGUUAUUGAUAAUAUUCUUUCAUAAAUAUAAUAAUUUCUAAAUGCUACAAUGAUUUUUUUCUUCAGGUUUAGUGAAUACAUUAUAGCAUACAGCAGUAACAUCAUACAUAGCACUGGGAGUUGUACAAGAAGUUAAAUAAAUGUUAUUAUUUCAGUGUAA